CUAGUGACGUCACAGUCGUCGCCAACCUGUGUGUCGGACAUAUUGCAGUUUUCAGGACUUAGUUAUGAGAGAAACAGAUGAUGAGUGGACACAAGAGCUGCACUUUUAACUUCUUUAUAAGUCAGGUGAUUUGUUUAGGGUGGAAUUAAUGCACACUUUUAUAGAGUUUAUUGGUGAAAAUUGAAGUGAAAGAGGGAUUUGAGAGAGAGAGCUCCAUCUCUCCGCUGCAGUGUUUCGGAGCACGGAAUGGAUUUCCACUUGUGUUUACACGGAAACCUGCGCAGUGAACAAAGAGGACAGAGAGAGAAAGCAGCGCUGAGAGCAGAGAGGACUUGUUUCUAAAACAUCUGUGUGUGUGUGAUCCUGGAGACUUACACUAUGAGGCUCAGAGCUGAGGGGUUGAUGUGGGGACUGGGGUUACUCUGUAUGAGUACAUGCCUCUCAGGACUCAGUCCUCACUGCGACACCGGCAAGGCAAAGCUCGAGAUAGACCUCCCUCAUCCAGAUGAGUUUCUGUGCCCGAAGCUGAGUCCAGUAAGUCCAGUCCCGCUCCUUGAUGUUUCCACCAAAUAUUCUCCACAGCCCGCUGAACAUGUCUGCAUGGAUUUACCCAUAACUUAUAAUCACACAAUCCCCAACAGUGGAGCUCACAGGCCUGUAGGAGCACAGAGUGGAGAGUAUCUGUACUGCCCUCCUCAGCGCUGGAUAAACAACCUGAAGGAUGGCGCCACAGCACUCCUGUUUCACCCCUGUGCUUCGGAGGAUGCUCGCAGGAGUCUGGCUGCGGUGGCUCACUCCUGUCUGCCUCACUUUAUCCUCACAGCUCAUCCUCAACUCAACCAGCACAGACCGUUUGCAUUGGUCUCCUGGGGUCACACGCUAGAGAUGUCCCACGUCACCACAGCAGGAGUGUGUGAGUGGUUACUCACAUUUUCCUCCAACUUUAACCAAACAACAGCAAGCCAAAGCCAAAAUUACAACCUGUAUUUAACAAAAGCUGCCCCUGUGGACCGUGUGCUGGAUACUUCUGUGAAGUCUCUGAAAGCGUGCUGUGUGGAGGCUCUGUCUGCGUACGAGGCUACUUCGAGAGCGAGAAAGAGCCGAUCUGUACUGCAGCCCGCAAAAGGAAAAAUGGAGAUAGAAAAAGUGAAACACUCUGAAAAUCCUUCAGCUAUCAGCUCGAAGCCUGACACACUAAAUCUAACACACACACAGCCAUUGAACAAUAGUGAGAGUAAAGAUUCAAUAUCUACAGGCCCUCAUGGCCAUGUCAGAGCCGAUCUCCACACUGAGGAACGUGCUGGUGGUGUUGUGGAAACGAACGCAAAGACGUCAUCCACACAGACGGGUGAUGUAACGGUUAAGCUGCAUGAUUCUCAGCUUGAUGUGAAGUCUCCGAAGAAGAGCAUCACCGUGGCUGCGGGGAAGCAGCGCAUUAAGACUGAUGUAGUUGAGCUGAGUGGAGGACGAGGCUGUGCAGAUCCGAGGCACUGCGGACCUCCCGAUGUGGCCACUGCAGUGAUUGGAGGACCGCUGAGAGGACGCAAGAUGAUCGUCCAGCGCACCAAUGAGGCGGUGUGGGCGGCGGCAGCGCUGGGCUUCCUCCUGGUGCUGCUCACGCUUUCAGUGCUCCAUACACGACUGUACCGGAACUGCCGUGCACCAUCCAGUCUGUACUGGCGCGAGAGCCAGCAGGACUAUGAGAGUGUGGCAGACAUCAUUCGCAGGAGGCUGAGGAUGGUGGGCAGGAGGAAGAGGAGAGCGAGCCAGAGCAGGCGGCAGGAGUGUCCUUUACUCUCCGACUCCAGCUCUGAUGAUGACUGACUCGCUGCAUGGGCGUGUUAGUGAGGAGUAUGGUCUCUCUUCAUUGACUAAAACGGAGUCUGUAUUUUAUAGCACUGCAGUUCCUUGUGGAGCACCAAGUUAAUCACAUGACCUCAAGCAGGGGUUUUCUUUCCAAGUCUAUAAACAUGUAUUCUGUUACUUUAUUUAGUUGUGUUUUUAAAGGUACCAUGUCUCAACAAUGCAUUCACCCCUAAAGAUUAUUUUUCUUGGUGCUGUAUUGCAACAUCAGAAUUUUCUUUUGUUCUCCUGCUGACGUGACUCUCUAAAGACACAGCAUAAUUCAUUUGAAGUAAAAGUAAACUGCUUAAUUUGCAUUAGUAAUAAGUAUUCACCCCCCUCGUUGUGAAUUUCUAGCAAUGACAGAUUUCACAGAUUUCUCUAAGAAUAUUGUACACAUUUAUUUAGCCAGUUUCCUCCAUUCCUCAAUGCAGAUUUUCUCCAAGUCUCUCAUAUUAGAUGGAGAAUGUUGGUGGAUAGCAGUUAACAGGGCACGCAACAGAUUUUCUGUUGAAUUGAAUUCAACUCCAAAACAUAAACCAUGUCCUGUUGGAAUUUAUAUUAACCCUGAGUCCAGAUGUCAUGAAGCAGGACAAAUCUGAUCAGCCAUUAUAGCUGUGAGACCUGCCAAAGUCAGAUAUAUUUGUUGUGCAUGCUGUUUUUAGGCUUUGUAUUUAUUUGUUUGUUUAAAUAAUUUUGAGCAUAUCUAAAUACUUAGAGAGUCCCAUGAAAUUUAUGUAUCUAAUAUACGAAAAUUCAAUGUUGCAAUAUAGCAGGGGGUGAUGGAUAUGUAUAUUGAGAGACAUGAAAAAUAUUUGCACAGUAUAAUGUAAAAGAAUGAAGGAGAAAGCAAAUGUAUUACUGCUUCCAUGCAGAUCCCAUAUAUAGUAUGAAAAAUGAACCAGUGCAGUAUGCUUUUAAAGUGUUUUUUUUAUGUUUAUGUUGCAUUUAAAGGGUUUCUAGUUUCUGUAAUAAUCAAAGAAUUACCUUUUUUUAAUACGAGUCUUCUGUUUACAUUGUCGAAGAAAUUGGUUCUUUCUUCAACAGGAAGAGAACUGAUCAGCUCAGCUCAGUUCCCUUCCUUAAAAGUCUAUUUGAGGCAUGUGUAGAGUAGAUUCAGAGCUGUAGUCCAGGGACAGGCCAGGCUUAUCAGUGUUUACAAAUACAAGUUAUCUUGAAGGCAUCAAGAAAAAAAUAAUUCUAGUAAAAUAUUUUGGAGAAAUUCUGUUCUAAAUUGCUCUGAUUUUCCACAAACUGUGAUGUUUUCGAUUGUUUCCUGUUUCCUAUGGAGUAUAAAUGUAAAGUCAUGGAUAUCGAAAUAA